UAAACGCAACUAUUAAGCUGUGUUAUCGCUGACUAGCUCUGAUGGCACGUUUCUUUUGGAAAAUAUUAGCUAGGGAGGGAAAUCGAAUUAGAAUUGCAAAGCAGAGGACUCCGCUGCUUCAAUGCAAGAGACAUUGUGGAGUAAUAAAGCACAGGAAACACCCGUGUACAAAACAGAGCAUAAGAAGAGCGAGUCUGAAGUACCGGGGAAUACUGGAGAUGGCCGGAAAGCGUGCUCGCAGAGCCUCUUCCGACAGUCUUAGUCUCGAAGAAAUAAAUGCGCAUCUAAACCGAUUGAAGGCAGAAAUGGCUGAAAGGAAGCCUCAACGAGCCUCAUCGAAGAGGAAGAUUCUAAAGAAAAGAUUGGCGGAUCUGCAAGGCCUGAAACGUGGCUGGGAAGAGGUGAAAGGACGAAUUCGUACGGAGGCAGAGCAUGAAAAGAAGAAGUUGAAGGCGUUGGAGGAAGAAGAGGAAGACAUUGCUCGGAAGAGAGCAAUGAAUGAGGAGGAGAUAGAGGAGAUGAGGGUCUUCAACGAGACGCUUAAUCCUCUUCUGGCCACCGUACUCCUUGGACAUGGGAUUCAAGAUCAGAUGGAGGAGGAGCCAGUGUUUUUUGCGGCCAGUUGAAGAUAUAGAGCUAAAUUAAGAGGGGUUUUACUUAUAUAUCGUGACGGCGAACACAGAAUAAAAUAAUAUUAAUGGUGGUUGUGGCAAUAAUACUCGAUCAAUAACAAUGUGAACACUAGUCCUGUCCGUAAAGUGGAUUUGCUCUUAUUAAUGGAGGUUUAUGGGUGGUAUUACCCAUUUU